GACCUUUCUUCUUUCACUCUUGCACAAGCCUCUCUGUCAGCGAUGGCUGCUCGAAAGUUGGGGCUCCCUGUGAGAAACCCUGAGGAAGAGAAGGCGCCCCAAGGGCUAAAGGAGUGGCUGGCGGGGCAGGGCCUCUCUAAGUUCGGCCUCACGAAGGGUUCUGGUGGAGGGAUUGGUUGGGGGUCUGGCGUUGGAGUUGGAAUGGGCGGGGGGGUCUCUGCUGAUUUAGCAGGCCUUGCAGCUGCUCUUGCUAAGAAACCCAAACCUAAGGAACCUGAAAAGAAGGAAGCCCCUAAAAAGGCUCCGGCUAAAGCAGGGCCCCCAGGCAAAGGCCCAGGAGGAGGGAAGGGGCCCCCUAAGGGCCCUCCAGGGGGUAAGAAGGGCCCUGGUGCAAAGAAAGGAGGCGGCUUUAAGAUCGGAAAGAAAGACGAAGCAAAGACAAAGAGGUUCUUUUGGGAUCCUAUCUUCGCUGAUGACGUACAGGGGACUCUCUUUCAGAAAAGAGAAUCGUUCCCUGUUAAGAAGGAAGACGUGGAGGAGACAUUUGCGAAGGUCGCCCCUAAGGCGAAGACAGAAGUCAAGAAACCCAAAGUCCUGCAGCUGCUGCCUGAUUCUAAGCGAGCGUAUAAUAUGAAUAUAGCCUUAGCAAAAUUCACAAACUUCUCUUAUCAAGAACUGAGGGACGCAAUCAUUGACCUCAAUCCGAAGAUUCUGACUGUAGAGGCAACAGAAAGUCUUUUAAAUUUGGUGCCGUCGCCGGAGGAGUUGGCGGUCAUGAAAGAAUAUAUUAAUUCGGGAGGAGAUCUGCAUUUGGUGGACAGACCUGAGCAAUUUGUAGCAUCUUUGAUAGGCGUUCCUUUGAUGAAGAAUAGAUUAGAGAGUCAUUUGUUUGCGUUAAACUUUUCAGAGAAUUACAGAGAUGCAUAUAACCCAUUAGAAUGUUUAGCCGAUUCUAAUGAAGCUGUCCGGCAGUGUAAACAUCUCAAAAGCAUUUGUUUUGCUGUUCUAGAGAUAGGAAAUAUGCUUAAUGAAGGUGACCCUCAGAGAGGCAAUGCACAAGGCUUUAAACCCUCUACUCUACCAAAAUUAAACGAAUUACGCUCUACCACCAAGCCCUUCAGAACUCUUCUUCAAUAUCUCUGCGAUAUUAUCUGGGAGCAAAACCCCGAAAUAUUGAAUAUCUACGGCGAGCUGAAAAUUUGUGAAAAGGCCCAAAAAUUUGAUGUUGGUGCAGUCGAAGGAAAAAUACUCAAUUUAAAACAAGGUUUAACAAAGGUGAAGACAACAGUAGAAGCAGCAAGAAAAGGAAAUGAAGCUUCGGGUGUACUCGGAGAGAAAGAUCCUUUAGCGACAAUAAUGGAUCAGUUUGUUCAGGAAGCAGAGCCGAAGGUUGGAGAGUUAGAAGGGUUUAUGAAGGACACUUUGAACGAGUUUACUGUCGCUGUGAAUUAUUUGGGUUAUCCUGAAAAAGAUAAAAAGAAAAUAAAGCCGGAUGAAUUUUACAAACAGAUUUCAACAUUUAUUAGGAGUGUAGAGGCAGCAAGAAAAGCAAAACAAGACCUCAUAGACAAACAAAAAAAGAAAGAAGAAGCAGCAGCAAAAAAAAGUAAACUCGGUGCAGCACUCAGGAGAUAA